AUGGAGAACAGGAAGAAAACGCUGGUAGAAGCCCCUGAUAAUGCCAACCCCAAGGUUAAGAAAAGCAGUGAGAUUCCUCCCCUUCCUGUCAAGCGAGAGAGCUGGCAUCACAUGACCCGUUUGCCCCCGUCCCUGCACAAGCAGCUCUUACAGAAGAAUCUCAAGGAGGAGAAACGGGCCUUGCAAGAAGAAAUCAAGCUCUUCUGGGAAAAAAGCAGGGCCCUCCGGCUGGAAAUCAAAGCUUUCCAGGAAGAUAACAAAACCAAGGCGUUAUGGGAGGAGAUCCGCAACUUCAGACAGAGGAACAAGGGAUUCUUGGAGGAGAUCAAGAACUUCUUGGAGGAGAGCAGACUUUUCAUGGUGGAGAUCAACAGCUUCCGGAUGAAGAACCUGGACUUCCAGGAGAAGGUGAGCGCCGUUCAGGAGAAGAUCGAGGCCUUCCAAGAGAAGAUCAAGGGCACAGAGGAAGAGAUUGCUUCCUUUGAGGAGAGGAACGAAUCUUUCCGAACUCUGGUGAAGGCCUUCCAGGUCAAGAACAAGGAGUUCCAGGAAACCAACAAGGCCAUGCGGGAGAAGAACAAAUCCCUGCAGGAGAAGAUGCAAUCCCUCGAGGAGAAGAACAUGAGCUACUGGAAGGAAUGCAAGGCCUUCUGGAAGAAGGACAAAGUCUUUUGGGAAGAAGACAUGGCCAUCUCCAGAGACAAGAUGGCCCUCUGGGAGGAGUACAUUGCUUUGAGAGACAAUGACCAAGACCUCCAAGAAGAAAAGGCAGGGAUGUGGGACAUGAUCGAAGCUCUUUGGGAUGCCAAGUAUUCCAUGUGGAAAGACAUCAACGGGUUUCCAGAGAAACAGUCACAGGACGUCGAAGGUGGCGCGGUUGAGGAUGGCGCCGACGGAGAUCACGACGCCCCGUCUGAGGAACUGAAAAAGUGUGAUUGA